UUGACUGCGGCAACCCAAAGCUAAGCUUGUUGUAGCAGUCGUUACUUGCCACUGAGCUUGAAGCUCCUUGCAGCCUCGCAGCUGAUGCCACGAAUAGCGUUAACUUCGACUCUAGAAUUAAGGUCACUUCCGGGCCGCUAAGUGGAAGCCGUUUACUUCUUCGCACUACGCAAAGUACUAAGACCGCACUAAGACCGGGGUUCGGCUCACGCGGUCGGCGAUUCGCGAUUUCAUUCUACUUCAAGCCCGCAACCAGCACAUCAUGACCAACGCCACGAACGCUUACAGAAUGCGCGAUGGCAACGGAAAUCUUUACACUGGCCAGCUGGAGACGGAAAGUGCGGGAAGCAACGUUCUCACACCAGCGGAUGAGCCGUCGGAGUACUACCUAGCGCUAAGUUACACCGGCUACGACUUCUUCCGAAGUGUCGUCGAGAUAGCGCUAACCAUCUCGUUCCUGGCGGCAAAUAGUAAUCUUCUGCGGUUGCUGGUGAGCUUCAAGGAAACGGAAACGUUUAUCGCCAGCGAAGCGCUGGUAACGAUCUCGAUCCUACUGCAGAUCCUCGUGGGAAUCGCUAUCGUCACAAUCACGCAGGUGAACGAUCCCAGUCGGUACGUGAAGAUGAAGGCAUUUGCCGUAACCGGUGCGAUUCUGAUCGCACUGGUUAACCUGAUGAUACCGUUCAUUGUCAAUGUUGAACACUCGAGGAUCGAUCUCGGUUCGAUCUACCGAAACUACGCGGGAGCUGGAUUGUGA